UCGAUAUCGUCGAACUAGAUAGUGAGUACCGUUACCAAGUUUACCGCCAACCAAAUUUCCAAAAUAGUUCGCUCGUUCAAUCCAGUUUCCAGGACCUCCUUGCUAAUCGUUAAAUCAAGGGUAGAAGAUUGUCGUGCAACCGCGAGGAGUGUUUCGCUGAAACAAUUCAGUGUUUCUUGUUGCCGUGCUAAUAGUUUAAUGCGAGGUGUAAUAUAAAGUGUAAUGAAAAGUGAAGGAAUGCCUUAUUAAAACACGGAAUCUUGUUCGAUAAAAUAUCUUUUAUAUUCUAUUUACAAACUUUUCAUCGUUUUCGUUAAGUUCGGAUGUUUUUUUUUUUUCAAUGCAUGCGAUUUGUUUUGUUCAAAAGCUCGUCUCAAUUCUUAAGAAAUCUGCGCAGAUAGAAAUCGCGUCUCAUUGAUUUCAGUUGUGCCGUUUACAAAAAAAUAGUGCGUGGUCGUGUAAUGUAAUGUCUAAACGUUUUUGUUAAACGAUCUAGUUAGCCAAGAGUGUAUAUUUUUAAGUUUGAUGAGUUAACGGUUAGAAGUUUUACUGCGCGGCCCGGACUAACGACAAGAUGGCAAGCAAUACCGAACCAGAUACGCAAACUCAGGUGACAACGCAACAGUCCGGUCUCUGGAGCCAGAUUGAAAGUCAACCGGUGGAAAACGUUAUUUGGGGCAGACUGUACGGAAAGAAUUUAAAGAUCAAAACGCUCGGUACUAAAAAUCCACUUCCACUUAUUUCCAGAGCUGCUUCCUGCAGCUAUGAUCUAUGCAAUGAAUCUUUCCAUGUCGGCAGAGGCGAGGACAAUGAUCUGUGCGUUGGCAAUGAUUGCUUGCCGAAGAAGAUACUAGCGCGUAUCUCAAAAGUGCAGUUUUGUUUGCAAAAGGACAUAGUCGAUUUGCAGAACCCAACGUACAUCGUGGACAAAUCCCGCAACGGCACAUUCGUAAAUGGUAAUCUCAUUGGGCUCGGCAAGCAGAUGAUCAUCAAAAAUGAUGACAUCAUUGGCUUAUCCCAUCCCAUGUUUAGAGCCUUUGUAUAUAAAGAUCAAUUUGCACAAAAUGAUUUAAAAGAUCUGCCUAAAGCUAUCAGUGACACAUACUAUGUGGGUCGGAAAUUAGGAUCCGGAGCUUGUGGUGUAGUUCAUCUAGUCUACGAUACCAAGUCCUGUACGCCAUAUGCAAUAAAACACGUCAAGAAGAACGGUUUAGCCGAAAGUAGCAGGCCUAAGGUGUUGAACGAUCCUCAGCGCGUUAUGAAUGAGGUCAACAUAAUGAAAAAUUUGGAACACCCUUGUGUCAUCAAGAUGCACGAUAUUGUUAAUACUCCAGAUUCAGUUUACAUGGUACUGGAGUACAUGAAGGGUGGCGAGUUGUUGGGACGCAUUCUCAGCAAGAAGGGCCUUUCUGAGAAAACCGCUAAGCUCUACUUCCUUCAAAUAUGUCAUGCAGUGAAAUAUUUGCAUGCGAAAGGUAUCACCCAUCGUGACUUGAAACCGGAUAACAUCCUUUUGCGGGACAGCGACGAUGAAACGCUGGUCAAAGUGUCCGACUUCGGGUUAAGCAAGUUCGUACGAAAAGACUCGGUAAUGCAAACAUUAUGCGGAACACCACUCUAUGUUGCACCUGAGGUGUUGAUGACCGGGGGAAGAGACUCGUACACCCGCAAAGUAGACAUUUGGAGCCUCGGCGUCGUUUUGUUCACGAUGCUUAGCGCCACACUGCCUUUCGCUGACGAGUACGGAAGCCCUGCCGUGGAACAGAUCAAGCGAGCCAAAUUUCAAUUUCGCCACCACUCGUGGAAAUCGGUAUCGUCGACUGCCAAAAAACUUAUCUACGAUAUCCUGACAGUGGAUCCUAACACUCGGCCUACGAUUGACGACAUAUUGAGAAGUACCUGGAUGCGGGAUGCCGAAGUAAUUGAAAAGGCGGAGCGAUUAAUGCAAAUGAAAUUGACGGGAAGCAAGAAGUCGUCCUCGUCAGACAUUGAAAAUAAUAAUGAAAAGGUAUUCGCGGAGCCGCCGAAAAAACGACAACGGACGAAAUGACUAGGGUCCGAAUCUGAUAGAGAUGUUCCGGUACGUAUAAGAGUGAACGAACGAGUAAAUUUCAAGUUGAAUAUUCGGUAAAAAGCAAGCUUCGUGUAAAAAUAUUGAUUGUAGAUUGAUAAAUCUGCAAAUGAACUAAUAACGAACUUUACUGCUCAAAAAUACGGGACCAAACCUUAUUUUGUAUGCGCAUUUUCUGUUAACAUUUCACAUAUAUUUCUGUUCUAUUAAUGAAAAAACAAUCCUACUUCCUUCAAAUGUUCAAAUUCUAACGCCAAACAUUAAUCUGAUUGAGUGUACCGCUAACAGCCAGGUGGGUAAGCAACGUCAGCCGACCAACAAAAGCAGUUGGUGAAAAAUACACAUCAUUCCGGUUGAGCAUAGACUCGCCUGUAUUAGUAUUCUAAUAAUUAAAGUAGAUAGAUAUCCGUGAGUACCUUAGCAAUCACCUGACAAGUGCGUUAACCAUAAUUGCGUUUACCGCAUGCGACGUGUAGUUUUUAAGCGAAAAGAAAUACAAUAAGGUAGAAACACCUAUGAGCCGAAUUGAAGGACGAGUCGAAUUAUGUAAGAAUCCGUUAUAGUUGACGAACGAGUAAUUCGUUCAAAUUUCUCGAUAUAAAUUUGAAUUGAGUUUAAUAAACCGUUAUGUGUACAGGCUAGUGAAUAUCGGUAAAAAAAACUAGUUGAAAUGCUACUCAGUUUUAUAUUUUUUUAUCUUUUAAGAAUAAACAAAACCUUUGUUAUUACCAA